UCUUUCUGCAAUUUGUCACUUGGGAUUGUCUUUUUUUUUUGUCUGAACACUAGGGAUGGUCUUGAGCUCAGCUGUAUUUGUGAAAUUUGGAAGCUUCAUGAUCUCUGUAAUAGACAAGCACAAGCAUUGAGAAGUUAAAACUGGCUAUGAACAAAUUUAAUUCAAGAGUUUUGAAUUUUUCCCACAAGGCUAAUCAAUUCAAGCACAAAGAGUUAGCCCAUCUCAUCCACAGCAUUGUGGAUUCAACCCAGUCUAAGUUCCAGGCGAAUUUACUCCUGAAUGAUUUGUCUAAGUCUGGUCGACUCGAUGAAGCCCGCCAGCUGUUCGAUAAAAUGCCGAGUAGGGAUGAGUUUUCUUGGAACACCAUGAUAGCUGCUUAUGCCAAUUCAGGAAGGCUAAAUGAAGCUAAACAACUAUUUGAUGCGACCCCAAGUAAAACCCCCAUCACUUGGUCUUCACUCAUAUCUGGGUAUUGUCGAAAUGAGUGUGAAAGUGAAGCUUUUGUAUUGUUUUGGCAAAUGCAGCUUGAGGGACACAGGCCGAGCCAGUACACGUUGGGCAGUGUCCUAAGGUUGUGCUCAACAUUGGUUUUGCUCCAAAGUGGUGAACUUGUUCAUGGGUAUGUGAUAAAGACCCAGUUUGACACUAAUGCCUUUGUCGUCACGGGUCUGGUUGACAUGUAUGCAAAGUGCAAGCGCAUUUCGGAAGCUGAAUAUCUCUUUGAGACUCUGCCAGACAGAAAAAAUCACGUGCUGUGGACUGUUAUGCUUACAGGGUACUCUCAAAAUGGUGAUGGUUUUAAGGCAAUGAAGUGUUUUCGGGACAUGCGAGCUGAAGGGGUUGAAUCCAAUCAGUUUACAUUCCCUAGCAUAUUGACAGCUUCUGCCUUAAUUUUGGCGAACAGUUUCGGGGCUCAGGUGCAUGGAUGCAUUGUUCAGAGUGGUUUUGGGGCAAAUGUGUUUGUCCAAAGUGCAUUGGUUGAUAUGUAUGUGAAAUGUGGAGAUCAUAAUAGUGCAAAGAAGGCACUAAAAAGCAUGGAGGUUGACGAUGUCGUUUCUUGGAACUCCAUGAUUGUUGGGUGUGUAAGGCAAGGGUUUACAGAAGAAGCUUUGUCCUUGUUUAAAGAAAUGCGUUCGAGAGAACUGAAGAUUGAUCACUUUACUUAUCCAUCUGUUCUAAACUCCCUUGCUGCACUGAAGGACAUGAAAAAUGCAAUGGUGAUUCAUUGCCUGAUUGUGAAGACUGGAUUUGAGGUUUAUCAACUUGUGGGCAACGCUCUUGUUGAUAUGUAUGCUAAACAGGGAAAUAUAGAUUGCGCACUUGAGGUGUUUAAGCAUAUGUCAGACAAGGAUGUUAUUUCAUGGACCUCCCUGGUAACCGGCUAUGCACAUAAUGGCUCUCAUGAAAAAGCACUUAGAUUGUUCUGUGAGAUGAGAACAGCAGGGAUCUAUCCAGACCAAUUCGUAAUUGCCAGCGUUUUGAUUGCCUGUGCAGAGCUGACAGUUUUGGAGUUUGGCCAACAAAUUCAUGCAAACUUUAUUAAGUCCGGCCUUCAAGCAUCCUUAUCAGUAGAUAAUUCAUUUGUGACUAUGUAUGCAAAAUGUGGGUGCAUAGAAGACGCCAAUAGAGUUUUUGACUCUAUGCAAGUUCAAAAUGUGAUUACUUGGACAGCUUUAAUAGUUGGUUAUGCCCAGAACGGUAGAGGAAAGGAAUCCCUAAAAUUUUAUAAUCAAAUGAUUGCAACUGGCACACAACCGGACUUCAUUACUUUUAUUGGCUUAUUAUUUGCUUGUAGCCAUGCUGGUCUUCUGGAAAAAGGUCAAUACUACUUCGAAUCGAUGAAUAGGGUUUAUGGAAUACAACCAGGUCCUGAGCACUAUGCAUGUAUGAUUGACCUCUUGGGGCGCUCAGGGAAGCUUAAGGAGGCUGAGGCAUUAGUUAAUCAAAUGGUUGUGGAACCAGAUGGAACUGUAUGGAAGGCACUACUUUCUGCAUGCAGAGUACAUGGGAACAUAGAACUGGGAGAGAGGGCAGCAACAAACCUAUUUAAAAUGGAGCCUUUAAAUGCUGUGCCUUAUGUUCAGUUAUCUAACAUGUAUUCUGCAGCUGCUAGAUGGGAAGAUGCUGCAAGAAUCAGAAGAUUGAUGAAAUCAAAGGGAAUUCUUAAGGAGCCUGGAUGCAGCUGGAUUGAGAUGAACAGCCAAGUGCAUACAUUUAUGUCUGAAGAUAGAAGCCAUUCAAGGACAGCUGAAAUUUAUUCCAAAAUCGAUGAGAUCAUGAUGUUGAUCAAGGAAGCUGGAUACGUCGCAGAUAUGAACUUCGCACUUCAUGACAUGGAAAAAGAGGGUAAGGAGCUUGGCCUAGCGUAUCACAGUGAAAAGUUGGCUGUUGCUUUUGGGCUCCUCACCACACCACUAGGAGCACCAAUCCGAAUUUUUAAGAAUCUCCGGGUUUGUGGAGAUUGCCAUAAUGCAAUGAAAUAUAUAUCAAAGGUUUUUCUCCGACAUAUUAUACUAAGGGAUUCAAACUGUUUUCAUCAUUUCAAAGAAGGGAACUGUUCUUGUGACGACUAUUGGUAGAAGGUUCAUUAGUUAACAUCAAAUGGCUGGUUUGUCGUGCUCUUCUUGAAGACCGUCAAGUGCACUUCAAAGAUGAAACUUGAAGCUGCUGAAACCCGGAUAAGCAAUAGACCCCAAACCUAUGACAGUCAAGUGAACACAGACUUAAAUGGUAAUAUAUGAACUUUCCCAUCUCAUACUCUUAUGUGAUGUGUUUUCUGUAAGAGCCUAACUUCUGCAUCUACGAGUGUGGCUUGCAUCUCAUAAGCCUCUUCAGAAAUUCGCGUACCUUGAAAGUGACUGGCUUGCAGACUAUAGGGAAUUAUGUUCGUCAGUCGUGUAUGAGAAUUCAAACCUCUCAUGUACUGCAUAAAGAGAUCUCCUCCUCAUCCAAUUGUCUUAGAUAAUGCAAACCAUUUUCUACCUCCAUCAAAUCAGCUCAUCAGGAUUCUGAAUCACUACACCUUGAGUACAGGAUUUCUUGAAAAUACAGGAUCGGAGAUUCUAAUAAGACAAUGAACAUGCGGAAAUAUAUUGUUUGUUGUAUGUAAUAUUCCAUCCAGAAAGCGGAGCUCUUAACAAUUUCGAAUUCAAAAACCAUUUUGUAGUUCUAUGUCUAUCUGAGAUUUAAGCCUCUUCAGAAACCUCUUACAUCAUAAGCCUCUUCAGAAAUUCGCGUACCUUGAAAGUGACUGGCAGCUGCUAAUCUCAAAGCUUAAAGAACCUCAAUGUGACCUUCCUAGCAAGAUCAGGCUAUUUUGGAAGAGCAGGCUGUGGAGGUAAAUGGCCCAGAGAAAUCAGUUGCGGCCCAGCUGCAGAGCUGCAAGCCUUUGUUGAUCUCUAUUUUUGUGGUGCACUCAGGUAGGGGACGAAAAAUAUUUUUUUGUUUCACUCUAAAUUCAAUGACCUAUAAUAUAGAGGUAAUCUGGCACUAAAAUAUCCGUAUUAUUUCAGUCCAGUUUUGACCAUGAACGCAUUCUUGAUUGUCAUGGUAGAUUCGAUUCAACCACGAUAAUGUUUAACUUUGGUCG